UGCCUUAGGGAGCCUGCCAAAGUUGAGCUUUGGAACAGGCCGGCUUCCCCUGUUUUUGUGGAUUUGUAGGAUAGCCAAUUUCCCCCCAUCUCGACUUUCAACUGCUUUGGACAUUAGCUUCAUAGGAAGAAUUCAUUCUUUAGAGUAAAAUGGAGCGCCGCUUUUUGCCAGGGGCCCCAGCCCCUCUGUUUUUACCCUGUCAGAAGUUAGAAUGUCACUAAAAAGUGAGGCCCGGGUGAACACUUCUACGCUGCAGAAGAUCGCCGCAGAUAUGAGCAACCUGAUAGAAAAUCUCGACACCCGGGAACUUCAUUUUGAGGGAGAAGAGGUGGAGUAUGAUGCAUCUCCAGGAGACCCCACGGCUCAGGAAGCGUGCAUCCCAUUCUCUUCUAUUUACAACACUCAAGGAUUUAAGGAGCCCAACAUCCAGAUCUACCUCUCUGGCUGUCCUGUAAAAGCACAAGUACUGGAAGUGGAGCGCUUCACGUCGACCUCGAGGAUGCCAAGUGUCAACCUGUACACCAUCGAGUUAACACACGGGGAAUUCACGUGGCAAGUUAAGAGGAAAUUCAAGCACUUCCAAGAGUUUCAUAGAGAGCUGCUCAAGUACAAAGCCUUCAUCCGGAUCCCCAUUCCCACCAAAAGACAUACGUUUAGAAGACAAAAUGUCAAAGAAGAGCCCAGAGAGAUGCCCAGUCUGCCCCGUUCAUCAGAAAAUGCAAUCCAGGAGGAGCAGUUCUUUGGCAGGAGGAAGCAACUGGAAGAUUACUUGACAAAAAUACUAAAAAUGCCCAUGUACAGAAACUAUCAUGCCACGACAGAGUUCCUUGAUGUAAGCCAGCUGUCUUUUAUCCAUGAUUUGGGACCAAAGGGCCUGGAAGGAAUGAUCAUGAAAAGAUCUGGGGGACACAGGAUACCAGGUGUGAAUUGCUGUGGCCAUGGAAGAGCCUGCUACCGGUGGUCAAAGAGGUGGUUGAUAGUGAAAGACUCUUUCCUGCUGUAUAUGAAACCAGACAGCGGGGCGAUCGCCUUCGUCCUUCUUGUCGACAAAGAAUUCAGAAUCAAAGUGGGAAAGAAGGAGACAGAAACGAAAUAUGGACUUCGAAUUGAUAAUCUUUCAAGGACACUGAUUUUAAAAUGUAACAGCUACAGACAUGCCCGGUGGUGGGGAGGCGCCAUCGAGGAGUUCAUCCAGAAGCACGGCACUGACUUCCUCAAAGACCAUCGCUUUGGCUCCUACGCCGCGGUCCACGAGAACAUUUUAGCUAAAUGGUAUGUGAACGCCAAAGGUUACUUUGAAGAUAUCGCAAACGCAAUGGAAGGGGCAACGGAAGAGAUUUUUAUCACAGAUUGGUGGUUAAGUCCAGAAAUCUUCCUGAAGCGCCCAGUGGUGGAAGGCAACCGCUGGAGGCUUGACUGCAUCCUCAAACGGAAAGCACAACAAGGUGUGCGGAUUUUCAUAAUGCUUUACAAAGAGGUGGAGCUAGCCCUCGGGAUCAACAGCGAGUACACCAAGCGGACUUUGAUGCGGCUGCACCCCAACAUAAAGGUGAUGAGACACCCAGACCAUGUGUCCUCCAGUGUGUAUCUGUGGGCUCAUCACGAGAAGCUCGUCAUUAUCGACCAAUCGGUGGCGUUCGUGGGUGGGAUUGACCUGGCCUACGGACGGUGGGAUGACAAUGAGCACAGACUCACAGAUGUGGGCAGUGUCAAGCGGGUCACCUCAGGACAGUCUCUGGGCUCUCUCACGGCAGCAUCAGUAGAGUCUAUGGAAUCCUUAAGCCUCAAGGACAAACGUCAAUCUCAUAAAAACGAGCCCGUCUUAAAGACUGUCGACGAUACCGACAUGAAGCUGAAAGGCAUAGGGAAGUCCAGGAAAUUCUCCAAAUUUAGCCUCUAUCGCCAACUGCACCGCCGUAAUCUGCACAACUCGGACAGCAUCAGCAGCGUCGACAGCGCCUCCAGUUAUUUUAGCCACUAUAGAAGUCAUCAGAAUUUAAUCCAUGGGUUAAAGCCCCACUUGAAACUCUUUCGCCCUUCCAGUGAGUCUGAGCAGGGCCUCACUAGGCACAGUGCUGACACCGGCUCCAUCCGAAGUGUGCAGACAGGAGUGGGAGAGCUCCAUGGGGAGACUAGGUUUUGGCAUGGGAAGGAUUACUGCAACUUUGUCUUCAAGGACUGGGUUCAACUGGACAAACCUUUUGCUGAUUUCAUCGACAGGUACUCCACCCCCCGGAUGCCUUGGCAUGACAUUGGUUCUGUGGUUCACGGAAAGGCAGCUCGUGACGUGGCUCGACACUUCAUCCAGCGCUGGAACUUCACAAAGAUUAUGAAGCCAAAAUAUCGUUCCCUUUCUUAUCCUUUCCUGCUCCCAAAGUCUCAAGCCACAGCGCAUGAGCUGAGGUAUCAGGUGCCAGGGGCCGUCCACGCCAAAGUGCAGUUGCUCCGAUCUGCUGCUGACUGGUCUGCUGGUAUAAAGCACCACGAGGAAUCUAUCCAUGCUGCCUACACCCAUGUCAUAGAGAACAGCAAGCACUACAUCUAUAUUGAAAACCAAUUUUUCAUAAGCUGCGCUGAUGAUAAAGUCGUGUUCAACAAGGUGGGCAAUGCUAUCGCCCAGAGAAUCCUGAAAGCCCACAGGGAAGGCCAGAGAUAUCGAGUGUACAUUGUGAUACCACUGCUGCCGGGAUUCGAAGGAGACAUUUCCACAGGCGGGGGAAAUGCUCUACAGGCAAUAAUGCACUUCAACUACAGAACCAUGUGCAGAGGGGAGAGCUCCAUCCUUGAACAGUUAAAGCCAGAGCUUGGUAACAAGUGGAUAAAUUACAUAUCGUUUUGCGGUCUGAGAACACAUGCAGAGCUGGAAGGAAACCUUGUCACUGAGCUCAUCUAUGUCCACAGCAAGUUGUUAAUUGCUGAUGAUAACACGGUUAUCAUAGGUUCUGCCAACAUCAAUGACCGGAGCAUGCUGGGAAAACGAGACAGCGAAAUGGCUGUCAUAGUGCAGGACACAGAGACUGUCCCGUCAGUGAUGGAUGGAAAAGAAUAUCAAGCUGGCCGCUUCGCUCAAGGCCUUCGGCUGGAGUGCUUCAGGCUUGUCCUGGGUUAUCUUUCUGACCCAAGUGAGGACAUUCAGGAUCCUGUAAGUGACAAAUUCUUCAAGGAGAUUUGGGUUUCAACAGCAGCUCGAAAUGCUACCAUAUAUGAUAAGGUCUUCCGGUGCCUUCCCAAUGACGAAGUGCACAAUUUAAUCCAGUUGCGGGACUUUAUAAACAAGCCUGUAUUGGCAAAAGAGGACCGCCUUCGUGCCGAGGAAGAACUGAGGAAGAUCCGUGGCUUCUUGGUGCAGUUCCCCUUCUACUUCUUAUCAGAAGAAAACCUGCUGCCUUCUGUUGGAACCAAGGAAGCCAUUGUGCCCAUGGAGGUUUGGACUUAAGAUAAACCUUUCGUAGUUGAGGGUCUUCCAACCUGAAGACUACAGUAUAUGCUGACUUCUAAGGACUUCACAGCCAUAGCCAGGCCUGAUGUCCUCCCGUGAACUGGUGUAAGGAUGCUGGACAUAAACAGGGCUUCAUCAUUCCUCCGACUUGUCCUUGAGAAAAGUGGCUAUAUCCUUGUUGAUAGCAUAUGCUCAAAUAAUGCCAAACACGGAGACAAAUUCCAUGAUAUAUUUCAAAACCCAUUCCCUUUGCUAACAAGAAUCUGUCUGUAACUGUGAUCCGGGUUGCCAAAUGUUGCCUGAGCGCUGUUGUUCUUCGAUGAUGUCCGUUUACAUUCUGGGGCCCACCUUUGUCAUCCUUACAGCACUGUUUACAAGAUUGCUUAUCAAUGAAAGACGUUGGAGAAGCUGCCUUGAGGGUCCUCAAGGAUCCAGGUGAUGCCUGUACCCAACCUGGUCCUGAUGUGAGCAUAUUUACCAUGCCAAAACUUUUCUCUCUGUUCCUUUUCAGUCACUGUAGGGACAGAACAGGCUUUGCCUACCUACCCACACUAGGCACUUCUUAACAACAGGAAGCCAUUAAGUCCUAAUACUGAAGAAGGAUUUCCCUCCAUUCCCAGAGAUGCUGCCCAGCUGUGUUCUUGUCAUCUGAUAACAUUUGUAAACAUGUGCAGCGCAUGUCAAUACAUAGCAACCAGAUAAGCACAGAUGGAGCCUCCAAGGUGUCAGUGGGAACCCAAUUCAGAUAAAGGACAAUAUUUCUGACAGUCUGAAGAAUCCCUGUCCUCCUUAGCCUCUGAAUUGAUAGAAAAAAAGUUGAUUCUCUCCACUGUAAGUCCAGUGGAUGUAAUUUGUCUUCCAACUGAAUCAAAGGCUUUAUAAUGCCCUUUUCCUAAGAAACAGGAGUCUAACCCGAUUUACCCUUCAGUUUUCCACUAGGCCUUCUUCAGGGGAAAAAGCAAUAAUGAUUAUACAAGAUCUCUCCUUUGCUUGUACUGUUAACUGUAUAGUAACAUUCCAACAUAGCUUCCAAAGAAGCGAUAAUUCACAUUGUUCCAAUGGGAUAUCCACAUUCCCUUUCAGAUGGUAUUGUGUCCUUUGUAGACCAAAUUUCAGAGUUCCCCUUGUAUCCUGGGAGUGUCUGUGGGUGCCUGGAAGCCUGGGGCUUAUGCAGAGAGAUAACUAUGUGACUAUAAGCAAAAGGGGUCACUGGAGUAAAAUCUCUUCAAAGCAGCUCCCCACCCAUGUUUUCAUGAAUAAAUAUGCUGGUUUAAAAGAUGACACAGGACCACAAAGCCAGUGAUGUGGAUUAGUAACAGAGCAGCAGUCACAUCCAAAGGAGGAUGUCACCCCUGAGGAACACUGUACAAAUGAGGUGGGAUUUGUAAUCAACAAUGGAAAUUAACAUGUUUUUAUGAAUAAAUAACUUAUUUCUUAUAUGGCCAA